UUCACAUUCAUGUACUUUUACGCCCAAGCUAACGGAUUAAACGUCGUUGGUUUGGACAAAGCAAGGUUGUCAUGUGGAUGCUUGCAGCGACCGAUGUUCGAGACCUGACUGAGGCUAUGCACGCGCGAUAAAGGCGAAUGACAUGCAUCCCAACAUCGGCGUGCCAAACGGAGACAUAAACUUUCACGAAUCCAUUGGCUCGCUUAAUUCAAGGCAUCGAAAGGCACAGAAUAAGAAUGCGCCAGCUGAACGAUGGCGGGUGUGCACUCGUCCACCUUCCAUCGUCCUCCUCCUCCAAAACUCACCAACAGAAUGCCACACUCUACAUCACAAAGCACAAGCAGCAUCCAGGAGCUGGCUUCCCCAACUCACCUGGAGCAUCGCUUCAGCUUCAAGAGGCUCCUGGGCGAGUCUGGUCACUUCGAGGUCAAAUGCGCGAAUGCCGAGCUCACGCUGGACGAUGAGGACAGGUUGUUCGAGCACCAGAUGUGGAGUCGAAAUCCAAAGCACAUCUCAUCCAACUCACUGUACGUCAUCGAUGUUACACCAAGCGAACGGCUAGCUGAGGAGGCAUACCACAAAUUGGUGAAGGAAGGAUACAUCAUCGAGCCACCAAACCCGGACAUCGACACGAGCAAGAUCUCGAACAAGAUGAAGAGCCACCUGGCGUUCUUGCCCGAGUACGGACAGAACAGGGUUGCGUGUGUGCUGCAUGCUUGGAAAAGAGAGAUUGAGCGAAUGAAGGCCCUAGAGGACGAGGAGAGGAGAAUCCAGGAGAAGAUUGAGGGGAUGGAGUCCGGUGUGGAGGUGCCUGUGGGGCUGCAGACGAGGCUGAGGGAAGUUCAGCGGCUGCUCAAACUAAAGCCAAGCCUGAGGGACCCCAACGAGGGCCGCCUAGACCAGCCAAAGUGAAGUGCGUCUGGUCUUUCUUUGGUAUUCAUAGCAUUUACAAUAAUGAGCGUUCAGUUCGUGUAGAAUACGCCAGCAGAGCUGGAAGAUUGGUAG